CAUCUUGACCUCCUCCUUCUCUGGGUUCCAAGAGCCUUCUCUCUCUUUGGGUUCCAUAGUUGAGAAAUGUCCCACAUUCCUAAUCGUCUUCUGUGAUCUUUCUGUUCACUCAUUAGCAGCCUUGUUAAUGUCCCAUAUUGAAGAACUGGAGCUUCGGUACUCAGUUGUGUAAUCAGAAGUGGUGACUUGGUAAUAUUCUUCUUUUGGCACAUAUAUACUGGUUAUAUAGAUGGAAACACAGGGUCAAAUUAAUGGGUUCAAGUAGUAUGAUUGAAUUGCAAAAGUGAAAUCCUGAGCAACUGAGACUAUGAGUGGAGGGCUCCGGACAAGCGUGAAGGGGUACCUUAUAGCGCAACGCCUCAAUUCGGCUACAGACCCAUUGUCAGAAAAUGAGACCAUCAGCAACAAUGUCACAGCUCCCCUAGACCCACCUUUGCAGCCAGUUGAGGAGAAGACAAUGGAUUCGGGUACAUAUGGGCUCGGUAUCUGUGAUGGUAACAUAAGUAACAUUCCUUGCGUCCCAAUGUUGAACUCUGCAAAGAGCAUGGCUUCAUACAUGACUAGAACCAGAGCUGAGAGUCACCCUCCCCAAGGAGUGAGGAGCUUCCGCUUUAAUGACCUGAAAACAGCCACCUGUAACUUUCAUCCUAAUAGACUUCUGGGUGAAGGUGGUUUUGGUUCUGUCUAUAAGGGGUGGAUUGAUGAGCAUUCGUUCACAGCUGCUGAGCCUGGUACCGGCAUGGCCAUUGCAAUAACGAGGCUUAACGAACAAAGCACCCUGCAGAGUCCCAAGGAAAGGAUAACAGAAGUUAACUACCUUGGACAGCUGGUUCACCCAAAUAUUGUAAAACUGAUUGGUUACUGCCUAAAGGAUGACAGACAGCUUCUGGUGUCCGAAUGUAUGCCUGAUGGCGGUUUGGAAAGGCAUCUGUUUAGAGAGGCUUCUUACCUUCAACCACUUUCGUGGAUGCAUCGUAUUAAGAUUGCAAUUGGUGCUGCUAAGGGUCUGGCAUUUCUUCAUAGUGAUGAGGCAAAAGUGAUACAUGGGAACUUCAAAAGUUCAAAAAUCCUUCUUGAUUCAAACUAUAAUGCGAAACUCUAUGGCUAUGGUGUAUCCGGGGAACAGCUGCUUGAUAGUUAUAGGCAUGCCUUGCAUGAUGCUUUGAUUCUUGAUUAUGAGUCUCCGUGGUAUGUACCUCCUGUGUGGGAGUAUGUAGCUCCUGAGGUUAAAAACACCGGAAUACCUUCAUCUCUCACCGCCCUGCUAUACUGUUUAACCGCCAAAAGCGAUGUGUAUAGUUUUGGGGUUGUUAUGCUCGAAUUGCUGUCUGGAAGACGAGCCAGGGACUUGCGCCGGCCUAGAAAGGAACAGAGCUUAGUUGAAUGGGCCAAGCCUUACCUUGUCAAUCCCAGAAAACGCAGAGUUCUCCAAAUUUUUGAUGCGAGUAUUGAUGGCCAGUACUCUGUAGCUGCAGCUCGUAGAGCUGCUAAGAUUGUAUAUCUAUGCUUAGCAACAGAAACCGAGUAUAGGCCAAUCAUGAGUGACGUGGUAAAAGCAUUGGAGCGGCUUCAGAAACGGGAAGAAGCGGGACCCUCUCAGAAUGAACCUCGCCAAAAUCUUCAUGCCAGUUCAAUUACGGUCCCCGAAAUUGAAGGAGAAGUAUGAACGGGGCCAGCAAUGUAGUAUGCAGGCACUGCUUAGAUGAGACUUUUCUAAAUUCUUGCGAAAUUUUAGUGUUUGGUUGUGUAAUAGAUUAAGAACCCACCCUUAGAUGUGUAAUAGAUUAAGAACCCACAUUUAGACCAGACAUGUAUCUGGUUAUUAUUUGAUAAAUUAGUCUGUAGAUUAAGAACCCACACUUAGACCAGACAUGUAUCAGGUUAUUAUUUGUAGAUUAAGAACCCUCACU